AACAACAAAACUACAACACUUUUGUUUUCUCAACUCUUUCUUAACUGGCCGCUGCGCAAGGACAGCUUUUAACCAGUCAUUAACAAAACAAAAAAACCCCGACACUUUCCUUUUAAACGGCUUCAUGGGCGACGGAAACAAGUGCUUGGUAGACAUGCUGUGUGCUGCCCCUACAGACAGUGUAACACCUACAGUAAGAAGGUACUUCAUUCUCAGUCUAUUAUGUAUAUUUAAGUAUUAUAGUAACAUUCGAGGUGUUGAUGGCUCGUUAAUCAGAGCAUUGUGCAAGUAGCCUUGCUUAUCAGAAUCAACAUAGCAAAUCUGUCAAAAAACAUAUUGAGCCAUAUACAGCCUAUCAAACUUCAGAAUCCUGGUCACACUAAGUCUCACGGUCUGGCCUCCACCGUUGUCAAGGAAACCGUUUACAAUCACAACACGUUGCAACACAUGCAGUCAACAAAGGUAAAGAUAAUACUACAUUUCACUUGCACGCUGUUUACAUAUUGAUAACACUAUACAAAGUUUUCCUGAAAUACAUACCGCCGUGUUUAUUGAAAUCAGACGACACUGAAUGCAGGCCUUGUAGAUAUGAAUCAUCCAGCUAAAAACAUCUCACUGGGUUUCUUCCUUGUGUUAUGUGAGCUAGUGUCACAGCAAUACCACAGCUGAGAAAAUCUGAAUUUCGUUGAAUAAAAAAUUCAGAACACGUGAUGAAACAAUUAUAUUUCAAGGAUGGCGUAUCACUAGAAGGCUGACCCAAAGUGGGAUUGCUCUUAACCUCUUUUUGCUUGGUCACAUGAUCAUAUGACCAUUAUGUACCUGUCACGUGAUCAGUAUUCGCUUUGUCUGCUGGAAAACAACAUGGCGUCUGCAUGUCGCAACAGAAGGUUCGACGAUAUUUUUUCUUUCAAACAGAUAAAAUUCAACACUAAUUACUGAAUGUCUGUGUAACAAAAUAACGUGUGACUCUUGGCAAAGCAAUCAUGGGAAAACAAGAGCCGACCUCGUGUGUUAAUAAGACACACUCAGAAAUAAAUAUACCCAAUACAAGCAAUGCAAGUCUCUGAGCUUCAUUUCAUUAUAGAUAUUAUUAAGAAAACUUAGGAUUUUUUCCUUUUUGUGUAAAGUAAGUUGAUUUCAGAGACUAGAUGUGUUAGUCUAGAGCCGACCUUUCAGUGGCCUGACCGGUAUAUCACAUUCAGCAUAAUUCUUGUUGCGGUAAACAGACAUUAACCCCAGGUGUCAUUCCCAUGCUUUUCACAAUCUCAAACUAACUGCCUCCAUAUGCUUUUCAUUACAUUUGACUGGUUGGUAACUAUUGAUGACAGGAAUGGCGAGUUAUUUGCGAUCGAAAGAACCACGGUUGUGAAUCCUGGGUUAGUGCAGUAACACUGGAACAGCUCAGUUUCAACAUGCUACAACAAAGGUUCCGGUUAGAUCACUGAAGGUGUCGGGUCCGUGGGUCAUUGCUUUCACAUACUGGCCAAGGCUGUCCCUGGAGACAUAGAGGGUGAGGAGAUGAGUACUUGCUGGGACUUAUUCAGGCACUGUCACACAGAUGGACAGAUGGGUCACACAGGUGGACAGGAGGGUCACGCAGGUGGACAAGAGGGUCACACAGGUGGACAGAUGGUCACACAGGUGGACAGAUGGUCACACAGGUGGACAGAUGGUCACACAGGUGGACAGGAGGGUCACACAGGUGGACAGAUGGUCACACAGGUGGACAGAUGGUCACACAGGUGGACAGAUGGUCACACAGGUGGACAGAUGGUCACACAGGUGGACAGGAGGGUCACGCAGGUGGACAGAUGGUCACACAGGUGGACAGAUGGUCACACAGGUGGACAGGAGGGUCACGCAGGUGGACAGAUGGUCACACAGGUGGACAGAUGGUCACACAGGUGGACAGAUGGUCACACAGGUGGACAGGAGGGUCACACAGGUGGACAGAUGGUCACACAGGUGGACAGGAGGGUCACACAGGUGGACAGAUGGUCACACAGGUGGACAGAUGGUUACAGAGGUGAACAGAUGGUCACACAGGUGGACAGGAGGGUCACGCAGGUGGACAAGAGGGUCACACAGGUGGAGAGAGUGGUCACACAGGUGGACAGAAGGGUCACACAGGUGGACAGAAGGGUCACACAGGUGAACAGGAGGGUCACACAGGUGGACAGGAGGGUCACACAGAUGGACAAGAGGGUCACACAGGUGGAGAGAGUGGUCACACAGGUGGAGAGAGUGGUCACACAGGUGGACAGAAGGUUCACACUAUUGGACAGAGUGGUCACACGGGUGGACAGAAGGGUCACAAGUGGACAGGAGGGUCACACAGGUGAACAGAACGGUCACACAGGUGGACAGGAGGGUCACACAGGUGGACAGAAGGGUCACACAGAUGGACAGAGGGGUCACGCAGUUAGACAGAGGGGUCACACAGUUGAACAGAGGGGUCACACAGAUGGACAGGAGGGUCAAACAGAUGGACAGAAGGGUCACACAGGUGGACAGAAGGGUCACACAGAUGGACAGAUGGUCACACAGAUGGACAGAGGGGUCACGCAGUUAGACAGAGGGGUCACACAGUUGAACAGAGGGGUCACACAGAUGGACAGGAGGGUCAAACAGAUGGACAGAAGGGUCACACAGGUGGACAGAAGGGUCACACAGAUGGACAGAUGGUCACACAGAUGGACAGAGGGGUCACGCAGUUAGAC